AUGUCGAAUCAUUUCGUUCUCCGUAACCCAAACGCGUUCCUGCGACCGCUGGAGUUCUGGCCGGAGCGCUGGGAGACGAAUCCCGAGUUGGAGCGGUAUCUUGUUCCCUUCUCGAAGGGCAGUCAGGCGUGUCUGGGUCCGGACAUGGCCCACUGCUGGCUGAACCUGGUCCUCGCCACAGUCCGUAGGUUUCGCUGGAGCUGUACGAAACAUCCGAAGACAAUAUGGCAACGUCGUUGGGUGCGUAGGGCCCACGAGCACAUGAACCCCGGCCCCGUCGAUUGA